GCUCCCUGGGGACUGUUAAAGUCGCUGCACUACCAGGGUAAUUGCAGAGGUCCCCUGACUUCUCCAGCACCUCCUGCCACCUCCUGGGGCUGCCUGUUCAGGGUAUGUGCCCCCAGGGAACCUGAUGCCUAGCCUCCUCUUUCCUCUCCUGUCCUCUCUCCUCUCCUUCGUUCUAUUCCUCUUUGCCUUUAUUUCUCCCACGUUCUUCCUUUCAUUCCAUCAUUCUAGCUUUCCUUUCCGCCCUCCUUCCUACUUCUUUCACAUUCCUUUCCUCCUCCUCCUCCUUUUUUCCUUCUCCUCUCCCCCUUUCCUUUUGUUUCUCUUGCUUUUUUUUUUUUUCUUUUUCUGACCUCUGGUGUCCUUUCCGCCUCUGUGUCAUCCUCUGCUGUCUGUCCUUCCCAUGUCACCCCCUCCACCCUGAGGCUGCUGCCCUCAGAAAAAGGCCUGUCCUGCUUCUGUGGGCAACUACCGAGCCCAACAUUAUGGGACUGGUGAAGAAGGUAUUUGGCCACAGGGGAUAGCCGUCUGCCUACUGGGCAGAUGUGACAGAGCCAUGGCUUUGAGGUGGUAGCACCUUCCCACUCCAGUCUGAAUUAGCCACUGUCUGGGCACUUCUCAUCACCUAACCCACUGAAUCUACUGGGGAGGAAGGAGGAAGCACUGAGUACCUAGACCAGAGCUGGGUCAGAGCAUCUCUGCCAAGUUCCCAGGGAGCAUUCUCUGGCCUGGCAGUGCCAAGGAGACCUCUCAGGGUUUGGCAUUCUCACACCCACCUCUUCCAGGCAGCGGCUCUAACUACACCAGACAGGUAUACCAUCCCAGACAGCUAUGCCUCUUCUGUCCAGCAUCGUGGGCCUUGCAGGCCUUCUCCUCUGGACAGGCCACACAGUGGGGGCCUUAAAGAUGCCCAACACCACACUGGUCCAGGGCCAACCCAAGAACAUAGCCGUGUGGCCCCUGUCUGGCCUGGGGGUGCCUCGGCACCGCCGGAAGCGCCAUAUCUCUGCUCGGGACAUGAGUGCCUUGCUGGAUUAUCACAACCACAUCCGGGCCAGCGUACACCCACCUGCUGCCAACAUGGAGUAUAUGGUUUGGGAUGAGCAGCUGGCCAGGUCUGCUGAAGCCUGGGCCACCCAGUGCAUCUGGGCCCAUGGACCCUCACAGCUGAUGAAGUACGUGGGCCAGAACCUGUCUAUCCAUUCCGGCCGGUACCGUUCUGUGGUAGAUCUUGUGAAGUCUUGGUCUGAGGAAAAGCGGCAUUACUCGUUCCCGGCUCCAAAGGAUUGUACCCCGCACUGUCCUUGGCUCUGCAGCGGUCCCGUCUGCUCCCACUACACCCAGAUGGUGUGGGCAUCCUCCAGUCGGCUGGGCUGCGCUGUUCACACCUGCAGCAGCAUCAGUGUGUGGGGCAGCACCUGGCAACAGGCCGUGUACCUGGUCUGCAACUACGCCAUCAAGGGCAACUGGAUCGGGGAGGCACCCUACAAGACUGGGAAGCCGUGUUCUGCCUGUCCCCCCAGUUACCAAGGCAACUGCAGCAGCAACAUGUGCUUUUCCGGGCUCAAAUCCAACAGGCUCCCGUGGGUCUGAGCUGGCCCAGUGCUAUGGCAUUCCAGGCUGGGGCUGGCCCUGGAAAGACUCCUCCCCAAAGCCAAAAGGGAGAGGAGGAGUUGGGGAGGCCCUACAGUUCUUUAUAAAUUCCUUUUCUUAAAUGUUCAAUAUAUAUCAAAGGAGUUUUCUCUCCCUUCCU